CGCCUGCGCGGGGCCAUCGCGGCGCUCCGCGAAGUUCCGCGGGGCCCGGGGAAGUUUGGGCUCGGCUCGGCCCCGGCCAUGGCCUUCCGCCGGCGGGCCAAGAGCCACCCGCUCUUCAGCCAGGAGUUCCUCAUCCACAACCACGCCGACAUCGGCUUCUGCCUGGUGCUCAGCGUCCUCAUCGCCCUCAUGUUCGAGGUCACAGCCAAGACUGCCUUCCUGUUCAUCUUACCUCAAUAUAAUGUUAGUGUGCCUACAGCAGAUGGGGAGCUGGUCCAGUAUCACUAUGGGCUGAAGGAUCUGGUCACCAUCCUCUUCUACAUCUUCAUCGCCAUCAUCCUGCACGCGGUGGUGCAGGAAUACGCCCUGGACAAAAUCAACAGGCGUCUGCAUCUGUCCAAGGUCAAACACAGCAAGUUCAAUGAGUCAGGGCAGCUGGUUGCCUUCCACCUCACCUCUGUCAUCUGGUGCUUGUAUGUCGUGGUGACGGAAGGAUACAUUUCAAACCCCCGGAGUCUGUGGGAAAACUACCCGCAUGUUUAUCUGCCGUACCAGGUGAAGUUUUUCUACCUGUGCCAGCUGGCGUACUGGCUGCACGCCCUGCCUGAGCUCUACUUCCAAAAAGUCCGCAAGGAAGAGAUCCCCCGGCAGCUGCGCUGCAUCGCGCUCUACCUGCUGCACAUCGCCGGCGCCUACCUGCUCAAUUUAACCCGCUUGGGGCUGAUCCUCUUGCUGUUGCAGUACUUGGCCGAGUUCUUUUUCCACAUGGCGCGGCUGGUUUACUUCACGGAUGAGAACAAUGAGAAGCUGUUUAACAUCUGGGCUGUGGUGUUCGUGGUCACCAGGCUCUUCACCCUCACCUUGUACAUCCUGGUCAUCGGCUUCGGGCUGCCGCGUGUAGAGAGCCAGGCCCUGGACCCUGACAGAGGGAACUUCUUCAGCUUCCUCUUCAACAAUAUUCUCUUCAGAAUGAGUGUGCUGCUGUUGGUGUGCCUCUUCCAGGCCUCGGUGAUGUGGCGCUUCAUCCACUUCCAGCUGCGGCGCUGGAGGGAGUACUGGAACGAGCAGAGCAGUCGGAAGCGAGCCGCCGCCGCCGCUGGCACCAAGCAGCAAACCAAGCUGCUCAAGAGGGACUCGGGUUACCAUGAAAACGGAGUGGUGAAAGCAGAGAACGGAACCUCACCUCGCACCAAGAAGCUCAAGUCUCCGUAGAAGCCAAGAGUUGUCUGCUGGGGAGGAGGGCGAGAUACCAGGACUGAGCAGCCCCUCCUCCUGCUCCUCUCGAGCGGCGUCUUGAAAGGCUCGGAAUCAUCUUCCCAAGGUGUCUCUCGCUCUCCUCCCUUCCUUUCUUGCUCUCGUGAACCGUUUGCAAUAAAACCAAAAAGUCCCCAUUCCCCUUCUCCCAUCCCCCUCAUAGGAACCUUCUCCAGCCCUCCUGGUUUUGCCUUCCUCUGAUCGUAAACCAGCGUGCAAUUUUUUUUUUUCCUUUUCUAUUUUAGUGUUCGGUUAUUUUGGUUAAAUGGUUACAAAUGUAUCACAGAUGGUUCCAAACAAUCCUUUUUUCUCCUACAGCAUGUUCCUCCCCUCUCUUCAUGGUGCUUCCCUGAGCCCCUGGGACAGGGCCACGACAGCUUGAAGGCACCAAAUGUGUGUUAUGGGAUCAGAUUCCUGGGGGAAUGUGCUGGGGCUGUGAGAUCUGAGGCUCAGGGGUGCUCUCAGGUGAGAUGGGGCACAACUGGCCAGCACUCGGCAGGAUGGUGAUGCUGCAAAGAGAGACCAGGGUCUGAUGGAGGAAGCUCAACCCUGUCUUGUCUCCUGGUGGACCUCUGGGGUUUUCUGAGCCCUGCUUUUGAAAAACAUCAAGAGCAGGGCAGCAGAGAAAGGAAAGAACUUCCCUCUUCAUAUAGAAGGUCCACCUCCUAGCCUCUGCUUGCCCCAGCUGGGUUUCUCUUGGCUGCCCCGUGGUUGUUCUGGGCCUCCUAGCCCCAAGAGCUGGCCCCAGGGCUCUGCAGCUCUCAGUGUUUUGUUAAGGGGCAGGAGCAUCCUCAGUUCCACAUGAAUCCUGCCCUGCUCUGAGUGUUGGCCUGGCUCUUGUCAGCCCAGCCCUUUGCCAGCUUGUCUGUGCCUCGUGGACCUGGUGUUCUUGUUGCUCAUGACCACAUCCAGGUGACAAACUGCACCUGGGUUGCUGCAGAGUUUUUGCAUCAGUGGGACUGUGCCCCUCGUGCUGUCACCUCAGCCUUCCUCAUCCCUACCAUACCAGUCCAGCCAUGCCAUUGGCAGCCACCAGCUUCACUCUUUGUUUCCGAAGGAUACAGUGCUUGUAUCCACCCAAGGUGCUAUCAAAUCCAGGGUUUCUUCCAAAAAUCCUAGCCCCUUCAUCCCUUUCUGAGCUGUGAAUGAGAUGACAGGGAAGGAAGGCGAAGGAGGCCGGGGCUGCAAGGAGCAGCUUGCAUUUUAGGAAAAGCCUGGCUUGUGACACAUAGCUGUUAGCAGAUGGAGUUGUCUCAAAUCUACCUCAGAGGCCAUCUGUUGCUGCAGACCACUUUCCCCUCUUGCUCCUGCCACCUCCACGUGCUGGCAAGAGGUUUUGUGGAAAGCCAGAUCCCACCAGCUUCAUCCCUCUCUGAGUCUGCUGGGGAGCAGCAUCUGCUUGGGAUUUCUUGGAUCAGUGCCAUCUCACUGGGCUUCUUUUUGGGGUGCCACGCCAGGCUAGGUUUGGCAGGUGAGCAGUGGUGGCACCUCUGUCCCCACACUGUCCUCUGGGGCAGUUCCUGAGCUGGGCUUUGCUGUUGGUGCCCCUCUUGUGCAGUGAAGUCAGCCGUAGCUUUAGUUCUGCUUCGCCAUGGCAGGAACAGGGGACUCGUGGUGUGUCCCUUGGCUGGGUGAGGAGAGGGACACAGAGCUGGGCUGCUGUCCAUGUGCAGUCCAGGACUGAUCCUUGGUGUGCCCCUGGCUCAGCCCUUGGGGGCAGCUGAACUCUGGCUCUCUCUGAGUGCAAUUCCAGCUUGAGGCUGGUGCUGUUGUUCUUUGCACCAGUUGCAUUUUGAGGAAUGGGUGACAGUUGAUUUUCUGCCCUUCUUUGAGCUGAGUUGGGUUUUUCCCCCGUUUGUCUGGGUGUCUUUUGUCCUUUCCUCCCUCUCUCCUUGUUGAGGAGGCACUGGAGGGAGAAAACAUGCAGGGACAUGAGGACAGUUGGUCAAAUUCCACUUGUUCCUCAAUCCCCAAACAACAUUUGAGUGUCAAAUGAGAGAUACUGGCAAGAGAGGGCUUUCCCUGUUUUCAGAGGCUCUGGGGAAGGAGGCUGGAGCAGGGUCCCUGGUGGUACCUUGCCAUUGCUCCUCGUAGCCUGUGCUGGGGGAUAAGACACUUUUUGGCUCAGAGGCAGCGACAGGACCCGCGGUGCAGCGUGAUCAGGGGGAAAAGAGCUUUAUGUUGGGGAGGUCAUGGAAAAGGCUUAGUGUGAGAGGUUUUUCCUUUCUCCUGCCUCUUCCCAUCCCCUUCCAUCCACUGCCAGUGCCCUCCAGGAGUGACUGCUGGCUGGCACCUCCCCAGAGCCUCGGCCAGGCCUUUCUGCAGCACCAGUGCCUCGCAGCAGCCGAGCUGCUGACUCUGUUAGCAGGUGACACAUAGAGCCCCCCAAAAACACAGCUGCUGAAUGAUUCCUCCUCCUGCCUGCUUGGCUUCUGGCAGCUUUUCCACUUGCACAAUCCUAUCUCUAUACAGUAGCUGGUGAUGCUUUGUAUCGCAAGUGCCUUAUGUUGUAGCCUCUCUGUGCACUAUAGCAGUAGCUGAACACCCUCCUUUGUUACUACAUAUGUACAACAUGUGCUACAUUUAUGUGUUUUCUGUUUUCUUUUUGAUAGAACUAUCAGGAAAAGGGACAUUUGUUUUUGAAGCAUUUCUCUGAU